GACACUCAGUCUUGCCCUUUCGCGUUUCCUCACCAUCCUACCCAUCUUCUAUCCGGUCGUCGUCCAGCCAGCACUUCCAUCCUUUCCCACAACGAUCUGGACGCAGUACACCUUCUCUGCAAUCGCGCAUCAUGGCCUUCUCACUCGUCGUCGAUGACGUGACGCUCAUCCUGUUGCUGCUCAUCACAAUCACGCUCUCCCUCACGCUGUACAUCUCCAGCCAGUAUCAACCCAGCAUACAUCCACUCAUCUUAUCCCGCCAAGCUGAUGUAUCCCAAGUGCAUGGCAAGGGCGAAUCGCCAAAGUACAGAAAUGCAAACUCGCCGGCUGGCUUCAACCUGGCCGAAAGACCUCGACCCUCCAUCGUGGAUGUGCCCGCCAUCGUCGCUCACGGAGUGACGGUGGAGGAGGAGCAGGCAAAGAAGAGCAAAAGUGGCGAGGUUGAACCCAUCCAGGCACAGAUGCUGUACGGCAGGGAAAUCGGUUCGGUGGGUCAGCUGCGGGAUCAGGCCGCAGCUUUCGCAGCUGGGCUAGUCAAAAGCGUCCACUCCAGUGACGCCAGCUUUUCGCUGGCUGUUUGCGCUCACAACGACUCUCUGGAGAGCUUGACCGCGCUGAUCGCAGCAUCUCACCAGACAACCAUCGACUCGACGCCUUUCUACACCCUCGUGACGCCAGCCGGAGGUGAGAAGAUGCCUGUACUACCCUCAGGCGUCGGGCGCGUUGCAGCCAUCUUCACCACCCUCGAAGCACUCGACGAUGCAGCACAGAUCAGUCCAGACGACUCUGCGCUUCUGAUCCUUCCUACUCAAUCCGACGCCGAGGUUGCAUCCGGCAGAUCGAAGCGUCGCGUUGUUUCUUUCGAACAAGUGCUUUCGGCUGGCGCUGGCGCUCGAAUGCCCACGUUCGGCACAGAAUCCGAGCGGUUGUCACUGGCUUCUCGUCUGCAUUCGCAUUACUUGCUCGAAGGGCACUGGGUCCCCGUGACCAACGAGAAGCUCACCGCUGGACUGGUUGCGCAGCUUGGUUUCUUCCCAGGAGACGCCAUUCCCAAUGCAGAGGAUCACAUCUUUGUGGAGCGGCACUCCUCACUCCUAGCCAGCGCUACACCAGCUGGUCUGGUCCUGGCUUUGCUUGCGGUCUUCACUCGAGCCUCGCUCACUGUGGAUGCGCUCGUCAGCAGUCCAUUCGACUCUCGCCCUGCUGUCACUGGUGCUCUCACCGAUGCGAAGCCAACGCUGCUCUACGUGUCCAUGAAAGGAGCUUCAAGUCUGAGCGCAGCGCUGACCGAGAGAGCCCGACGCACGCCGCUCGCUGGACCUGCUCUGCGUCUCAAGCUCGGCGGCCUUCGUCACGGCGCCCUAUCCCAGACCGGCUUGGCCGAUAGACUGGUCUUUGAUGAUGUGCGGCAAGCUUUGGGGCUCCGUCGACUUCGCUCGGCGCUCAUUUUGGGGGAUGGAAAUGCGCCUCAAUCUCUUCUGGAUACGUUGCGAGGCAUCUUGGGUGUUGCAGUCAUGCAAGCCUGGUUGCCAUCAAAUCUUUUGACGUCUUCUGUGACGGGAGUAAAGGUGGCUGCAACGGCGCCAUUGUCGGCCACUCAUUCUUUGGAUCUGCAAGCUUUUGCCGAUCAUUCGAUCAACUCCCACAGCGCACCUUAUCACUCUGGUCCACCUGCCGUCAGCAUCGAGCUCAAGCUCGUCGAAAGUGCUGCAGCGAAAGAGGGAGGCUACGUCGGCCGCUGUCUGGAAAAGGGAAGGGAAGGGGAUUGGUCAGGUGAGGUCUACGUUGCCGGUACCACCCUUGCCGGUGCGAAUGAAGAGAGCGAAUACUGCUCCUCGAAGAGUAUGGGCACAGUGAGACCCAACGGAACUCUCGUCGUUCUGCAAGAUGCCCUUAAGACUCCAUUGGCCAACGUCGGAACGCUCACAGGGAAAUGGGCGUCCACACUUCCCAGUCGCAGAAAGACUAGCCAGCCACACAAGUGGUCUGCUGUUGCACCUGUCGGUGUCUUGGCCAUGAUGCUCUUUUGCGCCCUGCCCACCGCUACAGCGGUCAACGUAAACAGCACCAAUCUGGAGCUGGCGCGACUUUCCAUGCUCGUCUCACAAAGGGCUUCCUGGGAGCAGGGUACCGCUCAAUCAGCGCUUCUUGAGCUUGAUGCCGGCGGCUGGUCCGUCUUCACAGCAGAGCGCGGUGGUCCCCCGUACUCGCCUCGCAGGGCUUCGAGUCGCGACCUGUCUAACCCGCCUUUACCGGUGAUGGCCAUGAGCUACCACUCCGUGUCUGCUCAGGAUGGUCUUGGUAAGCUUUGCAGUCGUAUCAGUGGAGACGAAAACAGGACAGCCGGAAGCGCUCUGGAUCCUGCUUCUUGUCUCGAAGGAGUCCUCGUCAGCGCCUUUGCCAGCGGUCAGAUCAGCGGCUCGACGCUGGGCUCGGGCUACUACGCACAAGCGGCUAGAAGGAUGAUCGACUACCUCCUCGACACGGCUCCGAGGACAAGCGACGGGGCAAUCAGUCACCGAGCAAGCUCUUUGGCCCUUUGGUCAGACGCCAUCUACAUGCUGCCUCCGGCUCUCGCUUCUUACGGCCUUAUUACGAGCAACCAGAGUAUGCUGCAGGAAGCAUACGACCAAAUUCGAUUGUAUCGAGACGGGCUUCUGAUAACGAGCGGACAAGCGUCGGGAAUGUGGAACCACAUCAAUGAUAUCACGACUCCGAAUGCGAGCGACUUGGGAGCCUGGUUGACUGGCCAAGGAUGGGCGGUGAGCGGCAUGAGUAGGGUGCUAGCUGCCUUCUCCCAUUCCAAUUUCGACUUGACCACUGAGAAGGAGGACAUUGCGGAAUGGGCCAAGGAGAUCAUGGACGCUUCGUACAGCUUUGCCGACCCUAGCACCGGAUUGAUUCGCAAUUAUGCGAACGAGACGGACGAAUUUUUGGAUGCGGCGGGAUCUGCACUGCUGGCUGCUGGCACCUUCCGAAUCGCUUCCAUCACUGGCGACCGGACGCACGUCGCAUCGGCGGAAAAAAUCUAUCAAACGACCAGUCGUUCUCUCAACAAUAUAGGAAGCUUUGGCGGAAGGUUAGAAACCGUCGACGCUUUGGGAUUCACCUUUGCGGGAGAGACUUCUCCUGAAGCGGUGGCUGCUCAGAUGCUUCUUGCUGCUGCUAGACGCGACCAUACCGCUGGCAACGUCACUGGCCUCAAUGGUCCCGGAACCGGCUUCGAGGGCGGCGCGUCGAGCUCGGCUCAUUUGCCUUCCACUCUUGUCGCUCUGCUCGCCGUCGCCUGCGCGAGCGCAGCCAUACUUCUCUAGGUGUUCACCUAGUGCCCGCGGUCAACCCCCCCGCCUCAUCUUUCUCUCCAGCAAAAUUUCCUCAAAACACGGACACCUGCAGCGCUCGAUGCGCGUGCUUCGCUUUUCGCAAAUGCCCCCUUCCUCUCUGCCAUUCCUGGACACACAUCAGACAACAACACCUGCCUCUCACCACUGCCACAUCUUUUGGAAUGCCUAAAUAAAGUGCACCUUGGUCGUCGUCCCUAUCUUUGCUUUAUUUAUCUCGUGCAAUUGCCAUUUGCACCUCUGCAGCACGCGACCGUACUUGCAUGCCAAAUAGAAUAGAUAAGCGUCAUCUCUCA